AUGACGGGGAUGCGGGGGAUGCGGGGACGAGAGACACGCACCAUCGACCACUUCCGCUCCUCCCUCUCCACCCACGUCACGGCUCUCGGUCGUCCACGCCAGUCCCGCGACCCGCCGUCGCCGUGGAAAGUUGCCUGUUCCUCCUCCGCUGCGCCUUUUACGCACGGAGUUCCCACGCCGCGCCGCGCAGAGUCCCCUCACCCCCCUCCCUACCACGCUGUCAUGGACGACGAGUUCCUGUCCCUCCUGUCCCCCGUGGAUCCCCCCCCCGGAACCCCCUCCGGGGCCCCCCUGGACCCCCCGGACCCCGGCGACCCCUCGGACCCCGGCUCCGUGCACCUGGCCGUGCGCUGCGUCAUGACCUCGGCGUACCUGGCCAUCAUCGUGGUGGGGCUGCUGGGCAACGUGACGCUGGUGCGGGUGUUCGUGGGCGGCCACGCCACGCGCAGCGUGCCCAACAUCUUCAUGGUGAGCCUGGCCGCGGGCGACCUGCUGCUGCUCGCCACCUGCGUGCCCGUGGACGCGCUGCGGUUCCUGUCGGAGGACUGGCUGCUGGGCGAGGCGGCGUGCCGGCUGCUGCCCGCCGUGCAGCUCACCUCGGUGGGGGUGAGCGUGUUCACGCUCACGGCGCUCAGCGCGGACAGGUACAAGGCCAUCGUCAACCCCAUGGACAUCCAGACGUCCAGCGCCGUGAAGUGGACGUGUCUCAAGGCCGGGUCCAUCUGGCUGCUGUCCGUCCUGCUGGCCGUCCCCGAGGCCGUCUUCUCCCAGGUGGUGUCCAUGCAGGUCAACAGGGACGACUCCAACGUGACCUUCGUGAACUGCGUCCCCUACCCGCUGUCCAACCCGCUGCACCCCAAGAUCCACUCCGUCCUGAUCUUCCUGGUCUACUUCCUGGUCCCGCUGUCCGUCAUCUCCGUCUACUACUUCCACAUCGCCAGGACGCUCAUACGCAGCGCCAACGACAUGCCGGGGGAAAUCAGCGAGCACACCAGGAGACAGAUGGAGACGAGGAAGCGUCUGGCCAAGAUCGUGCUGGUGUUCGUGUUCCUGUUCGCCCUGUGCUGGUUCCCCAACCACGUGCUGUACCUGUACCGGUCCUUCCACUACCAGCACCUGGACGUGUCUCUGGGCCACCUGGUGGUCACGCUGCUGGCCCGCGUGCUCAGCUUCUCCUCCUCCGCCGUCAACCCCUUCGCCCUCUACCUGCUCAGCACCAGCUUCCGCCGACACUUCAACAGUCAGCUGUGCUGCGGUCGCGGCCCCCCUCCCGAACGGCAGGCCAGCUACCUGCACAGCACCUCCCACAUCCGCCUCACCUCCAUCAAGAAGGCCACGCCCCCCGUCGCCAACGGCAACGCCAACCGACAGGAAGUGGCUCUGUGAAAGGGGCUUUCCGCCGCCGACGGUUCGACGCUCGUCCCAGCAGGAACUUCAUCCACAUCCGCAACCAAAACAAGGAAAAGUGCCUCUUGGAACCAGAAAAACAGGAGAAAAAACCCCCAAAACCACGAGCGUGGAACUUCAGGGCCGCGACACGCCGUCCCUGCUAGCUUGCUUGCUGGAAUCUUCAUCAGUUUCAUUGUUCGAGUGGCGAUGGAGAGACUUAUGGCGGGUCAGGAACCAGGUUUCCCUCUCCAGAUCCUGGACCGCGGCCCCAAGCCUUGUAGAGAAAAAGAAUCCCUUUGCGGAGAAACACGUUUGCAAAAACGGUGGUGUUUUCAUGCGUUUUGGCCGUUCAUUUACACGAAAACGAAGCUCAAAGUCUCCAAAAACCAUCAUUUCUGAAAACUCCGGCCAAAGUGGAGAUUUGCACGUUUGCUUGUAAACAGAGAGAAACGGACAUUUAGGCUUCAGAACGUCACAUUAUGAGACAAACGUCACCAGCGUCAUGUGUGCGAUCUGUGUUUACAAUUUUUUUGGUCAAUAUUUUCCUGUAUUUUACUUGUUUUAUAUUCUAACGUCACACUUAAAAGUAACUCCACUUCUCUGUUACUCCAAACGAAAGACUCCCGUUCAUCUUGGAAGUAACUGGAAGUUACUCGUGUCAUUUGUUGAUGUUUUUUUCCAGGAUUCUGAUUGUCUAGCAUGACUUUAUCUUCUCGUUACACUGCCCCCUGUAGGUUUGGCUGCUCAUAGCACCUUAACAGAUAUUUAUGCAGGUUCGUAGAGGGGGAAAUAUCUGUCUUUGUGAAUACCCGGCUCUGUGUAAAUGUGGCCUAAAUGUUUGUUUUGUGGUUCCGUCGCUUGCUGCACCAAAAACGUCGGAACCUUUUCACUCCGACGCUCCGACGUCGUUUCAUGAAGAAACAGAAGAAUAAUAGUUAGAAACGUCCUGUGAGAAGAUACGACCCAAGACCAACAACACGUGACUGUUUUCAGUGUCGUUGUUUAUUUAACUAAAAAUGAAGCUAAAAGAAUGUGAUUACCCAUGAUCCUUCACACCUGAAGGUUCCGGACCUGGGACUGACACCUGAACAGAACCUGGACCUGAGACACCGAGACAGUCGUUUAGGUUGUUUGUCUCAGGUUGGACCUGAUCGACCCGGGUCGGUCCUGAUACCGACCCGGUACUGACACGGGACUUUAAAUCAUUCUUUUCACCAAAAUAAAAGAGCAGAACUCAAAGAUUCAUGACUGGAAGGGACAGAUCUGAGGUGGAACCGUCCGGGUCGGGGGUGUUGAGCCCCAUUUUGUAAUAAACAUCCAAAAUGUAAUAACUUUUUCAUUUUAUCUUGUAAUUCAAUUCAAUUCAAUUCAAUUUUAUUUGUAUAGCGUCUAAUAGUGCUGGGUGUUAUGACCAAAAAUUUAUA